UAGCUAACUACUGACUGUAGAAGAAGACCAACCGACACAAUCUCAGCCCGGUGACCGACUGCCUGCCUCUGCAUCACCGCCACGGAUCGAGCCAGGACCCGACCCACAGAACCGGAGUGAAAAUGGCGUUCACAUUCGCGGCCUUCUGUUACAUGCUGGCUCUGCUGCUCACAGCGGCUCUUAUCUUCUUCGCUAUCUGGCAUAUAAUAGCAUUUGAUGAGCUCAAGACUGAUUACAAGAAUCCUAUAGAUCAGUGUAACACUUUAAAUCCGACAAUUGAAAAGGUCAAAAAGAUUAAGAGAAUCAAAUUUGCAUUAAAGCUGGUUCUCCCAGAGUAUCUCAUCCAUUUCUUCUUCUGCGUGAUGUUCUUCUGCGCGGCCGAGUGGCUGACGCUCUCUCUCAACCUGCCGCUGUUCGCCUAUCAUGUCUGGAGGUAUAUGAGCAGACCGGUGAUGAGCAGUCCGGGGCUCUACGACCCGACCACCAUCAUGAACGCUGACAUCCUGGCCUUCUGUCAAAAAGAAGGCUGGUGCAAACUGGCUUUCUACCUGCUGUCCUUCUUCUACUAUCUCUACGGGAUGAUCUAUGUUCUGGUGAGCUCCUAAAGGAAGCUGAAGGAUGCCAGAAAGCAGACGCUGAUGAUGUUAGUGCGGGAAACUGGACCGACGCUCAGAAACACCUGACAACAGACGAACUCUCAAAACCCCCCUUACACACACACACACACACACACACACACGCGCGCAAAAACAGCGCAUUUCCGGAAACAUGAACCCCGAUUUAAAGAGAAUAUCUCGUUGCAGCGUUCCUCUCAUAGCACUAGUUAAAAUGUUUUGGAAACUAAGGAAAAACCUGAAGGACAAGUUCAUUUUUCUUCCUUUUUAUUGAUGUGGUGAUUUUGAUGCUUUGGGAUUUAAAUAAAGUUUGUUUUUUUUCUCCCAGAUUUUGAGUGUUUACAACUAUAGGCAGACGGUUGCCGCGUUAGCUUUUCCUGUGAAUUAGAUUCUGGGCUUUUAGCAGCUAAAUUAUACCUGCAGCGUGAUUCAUUAUCGACACUAAAACCAGUAGUUAAAUGCAGACGAGACUUAAGAAAAAUGUACGUUUUUUUGGGAGUUACAGUGACGUGCAUUGGUUUGAAAUCACUUAGUGAGGCGUGUUGCACGGGGACAAUCAUAACGUGGUUGUCGCAUCAGUUUUUAAUCUGAUAUAUUUAGACGUGCAUCACAUCAAGUAAUCCCUGUUAAUACGGUGGCUGGCGGGUGCAAACGUGUUGCAACGGCCCAAAACGCUCCAUGGCCAACACAUUACAGAUUCAGAAACGAUGCAAAUAUGGAAACAUCAACAAACUCUGCAAGAAGCUCAACGGGAACCAGGGGACACUAAUAAGUGACGCACACAGCUGGGAGACCAGGGGACACUAAUAAGUGACGCACACAGCUGGGACCGGAGCACUUGGUGAGUCACGUUUAAUCCUGAACGUCACCAAGCGCUCCGGUCCCAACUGUGUGCGUCACUCUUUAGUGUCCCCUGGUCUCCCAGCUGUGUGCGUCACUCUUUAGUGUCCCCUGGUCUCCAGCUGUGUGCGUCACUCUUUAGUGUCCCCUGGUCUCCGUUGUGUUUUCAGCUUCUUGCAGCGUUUUGUAUUUGCAGCGUUUGGUUUCUGCAGCUUUUAGUAAACGCUGCGCAUGUUUCCUCAAGUUGGUGAAUGUUUUCUUUAUCGCUGCAUGUUUCCUCAAGUUGGUAAAGAUGUUUCUUCACGUGUUUUGGCACAUAUGCAGCGUGUUUCUCCUGAUGGAAAUGUUUCAGGGCCGUUGUAGCGCGUUCCCACCCGUCGGCCAUUGUAUGUGAAAUCCAUGGCAAUAUGUUUCUUAAGUGUGAAUCCAGAGUAGCCAGCAAUGUGUUGUGACUUGUAUUUCUGUACUAAAUUAAGGGUAAACUCAACAGUAUAUUCAUAUGUUCAGCAUUAAUGAGCAACACUGUUCUUCUGAUUUAGAAAUUUGGUAGAAAACUUGCUAUACUGUUGAAUGUACCUUUUUACAUUUCCUUUGUUUUUGUGCUUUCUGUUCAUUUCAGCACCAAAUAUUCCAUCGUUAGGAACUUCAGUGUUUAUUUAUUGUUUUUGUUUUUUUAUGUCUCCAAGAUAUCAAACACUCCUCGCAGUGUCGGGUCAUUAUCCAGCAGUUUAGAGUUGAGGCCGUUAGACAGGACGUUUUCAUAAAUACUCCUGAGUAUUUAUUGCCAUUUAUCAGGGAACGGGAGACUGAACAUUUUUAUGUAUUCAUUCAUGUCACAUCUAGAAAAUGACAACUUGAGUUUAUUUGAAUCUAAAUAAAAAAAACUAUCCCACUCUG